GUUUUUCUGCGUGCUCCCAAAACUGACCCCCCAAGGGGACCGAGUGACAAUUUUGAAAAUCUUCGACUCAGAUGUGAGCAAAUUCAACCCGGUUCAGCUGUUCAAGACAGCCUUCAUGCAGCUGGACUGUCACCUCCCUGAGGACAUGUGUCGGCGACACAUCCUAGUCUACGACAUGAAGGGAGGCUCUAUUGGACAUGUCGGUACCCUGACUAUACCUGUUGUCAAGAAGUUUUUCACUAGCGGAUUGGUUGGUAUGCCUACAAGAUACACGUCAUUCCAUGUGGUUAACGCACCCACAUUCGCUGAAUCCUUCAUCUCACUCACAAAAUCCUUCCUUAAGGACAAACUAGCUAAGAGGGUACAUGUCCACUCCGAAAUCACAGGUCUUCAUGAAUUCAUCCCGAAGGAAAUCCUCCCAGAAGAAUACGGUGGUACUUACUCCAAAACCAUGAGUCAACUCAGAGAUAUCUCUGUUGGAGCAAUGAAGGAACAUCGCGAAUGGUUCCAGAAGCAGGAAGAGCUGGUAGCCGACGAAACAAAACGAUUGGGAAAAAUUAACUCAGAGAAUCAUCUGGAAGGAUCUUUCAGGAAAAUCAAUAUUGAUUAAAUUGAAUCCUACAUCUUGAUCACGAUGCUUGUUUACUACUCAAUUUGUAUAAAAAAGUAUAUGCGAAAAUCGAUCUUUACUUAUCAUUGAUGAUAUUGAUUGAUUAGAUUGGAUUCAUUGCGAUAAAAAUUCUGAAAUUAAUAAUUAUUGAUGUUAAUGAUUACUCAAAUUGUAUGAAAAAGUAUAUGAAAAUUGAUUGAUAUUGAUUGAUAAGAUUGAUUACAUUGGUUAUAACAUAAUUAUUGAUUAUGUAUCAAAUCGAAAUUGACAUCGUAUCUUCUUAGCUCAACAUUAAUUACUUCUGGAACGUUUGUGAUAAAAAAUAAUUUUGUUUUUCUUGUAGAUGUAAUCACUAUAGUCUAAUAAUUGAGACUCUAAAUUGGAAACUAUUUUGUUAUGAAAACUACGAUAGAAUCGUAUUCAUGUUUUGUACAGGAAUAAUUGUGAAUUGAAAUUUAAAUCCUUUAUUGAUUUGGUAUAUUAUUUGUACACACAAGUUCCUAGAUUUUUUAAAGAUAUUGUUGUGUUUUGAAGCUUGAAAGUUUCCAGUUUGUAUCUAAUGAAUGAUGGAAGUGAUGCUCAAAUAUCCAGGUUAGAAACUACCUUUCAUUUAAAAUAAUUUUCUAUCCCCUAUUACAUUAGGGAAAAAUACAGCAUAAGAUAAUAAUAAUACAGCACACAGAUCAUAUAUUAUUUUUUCUCUAUUUAUAGAGAAUCAACCUAUAAAAUCAACUAUUAAUGAUUAUAAUUCCUCGUCUUAUUCAUAUGAAUUCAUGUUAAUUUUUCAAAGCCCAACAGAAUUGGAUAUCUUAUAAAGUUGAAAAUGUGAGAGCUUUUUUGGUAUUAUGCUGUAAUCAAUUGAUAGACGAUUAUUAUAUAUAGAGAGAGAGAUCAAAUUAUCAUCUCUCCGUUUCCCGGUAAUUUGGGAUAUUUUCGUAGAUUGUGUAGAGAAUGUUUCUCUCUAUCUCUUUUCUGUAUAGGGCUACUUCUAUUUCAAAAGGGGUACCAAGAUUUUUAUUUUUCUUUCUAUUUCUAAUGUUUCUCUCUCUUAUAUUGAGUUUAUUAUUGAUAUUUUUGAAAAGUCUUUACUGUUUUUCCACUUUCUUUCCAGAAAUUGUCUACGUUUACUGCAUUUCUAUUCUCGAUUUUUAAUAAUUUCUUAUGAUAUAGUUAGAUGGUCUUAUGACCAUAGUUAUCCUUAGUUUUAUAGCUUGUGAAUAUAUAAGUAUGAUUUUCAUGUCUUAAAUCCAUUCCUGUAUUCUUAAAUAUUUCAACCUUUCAGGGAUAUUUUUUGUACUAGACUUUUCUUAUAACUCUUCCGCUUUUGGGAACUUAGAACUUACUAUCCACCAUAGAUAUUUAUUAUUUUUGUGAUUUGAAUAAAAAUUUUGUUCCUUGUUA